GCGACACACACAUGCUAGCAGUGUUUUCUGCAACAUGGCAACAGUACAACUGAGCGAGGCUGAAAAGGUUUACAUCUUACACGGUAUACGGGAUGAUUUGCGGGUGGACGGAAGAGGCUGUGAGGACUACAGACACAUGGAGAUAGAGACUGAUGUGGUGUCCAACACAGACGGAUCCGCCAAAGUCACACUGGGGGACACAGCGGUUCUAGUUGGGAUUAAAGCUGACAUUGGUAAACCGAGGCCCAUGGUGCCAAAUGAAGGAUACUUGGAGUUUUUUGUUGACUGUUCGGCCAAUGCAACCCCUGAGUUUGAAGGCAGAGGAGGCGAGGAGCUGGGGACGGAGCUGAGUAACACUCUUUACAAAGUCUUCAACAACAAAAACAGCGUGGACCUGAAGAGCCUCUGUAUCAUCGCAGGAGAACACUGCUGGGUCCUCUAUGUGGACGUGCUGCUCCUGCAGUGUGAUGGAAACCUGUACGAUGCCAUCUCUGUCGCAAUCAAGGCAGCUCUCUUCAACACCAAAAUUUCACGAGUGCACAUAUCAGCUGACGAGGAAGGAGGGAAGGAAAUCGAGCUGUCAGACGACCCGUAUGACUGCGUGAGACUCAACGUAGAAAACGUUCCUUGCAUAGUGACGUUGUGUAAGGUGGGCCACAGGCACGUGGUGGACGCAACUCUGCAGGAGAAGGCGUGCUCCGUGGCGAGCCUGAUCAUCGCUGUCACACAGAAGGGCACGGUCACCUGCACGAGGAAGGUGGGCGGAGGCAGCCUGGACCCAGAGAGCAUCUUUGAGAUGACAGAGGCAGGUAAACGGGUCGGCAAGACUCUUCACGCUCCACUCAUGAAGCUGCUGCAGCAGGAGGAGGGUUUGGGGAAGACACGGCAGAAAGUCGGCUUCCUUGGUUAACGUCUUCUAUAGUAUGUGUGUUCAUGUAUACAGAAUUUUCUAAUAAAACCUUUAAUUUGUA